AUUUGAAUAUUAACAAUUUAACAAAGUUUAAAUUGACAUUUCUUCAAGUUACUUCAACCAACCAAGAUUAUUUCAACCAACUUUAAAAGUUUUUCGAUACGAAUAAGAGUGAUUGAAAUCAGUUAAAAUGCUCUUAUUUGAGAUGAAAUGGAUUCUUUUCGGAUGUAUAUUUGGAAUAAUAGGUAAAUAUUGUGCAGCCUUGCGUAUAGCUGUUAUUGGAGCCGGAGCAGCUGGUCUUGCAAGUGCAAAGAAUGCUCUCGAACAAGGCCAUGAUGUUUAUGUCUUUGAAAAAACCGGAGUACUUGGAGGAAUUUGGUACUAUACUGAUAGAAUUGGAGUAGAUGAUUAUGGAGUUGAGAUUCACACUCCGAUGUAUCAACGACUUAGGACCAAUACACCGUACCAAGCGAUGGAGUUUCCAAACUUUAAUUUUCCACCAGGCACAGAAACAUUCCCAACUCAUGAUGUAGUUUGGGAAUACUUAAAUUCUUACGCUACACAUUUCAAUUUAACUGCGCAUAUAUAUUACCAUCAUUUAGUUGAAAAUGUUCGUUCGAUUCAAAAUAACAAGUGGAAAAUUACUGUUAAAAACAUGCCUAAUCAUCGGCGAAGAGAAACUUAUAUAUUUGAUUCGGUUUUUGUUUGUACAAAUAUUUUCUCAACGCCACGUGUGCCAGAUAUUAGAGGCGUCGACGUAUUCAAGGGAACUAAAUUACAUAGUCGGUACUACCGUACACCUGAGACAUUUGCAGGAAUGGAUGUUCUUGUUGUCGGCGAUGGUGCAAGCGGUAAUGAUAUAGUAAAUCAACUCUAUGGGAUUGCUAACCACGUGACGCAUAGCUCUCAUAUUGAUCCAUCAGAAUUUGGAGCUACAAGUUCAUCCGCAUAUGAACCCACAUGUAAAGGCGAUGUAAAACGUUUUACAAAAUAUGGAGUUGAAUUUGAAGAUGGAACCCGUCAAAAUUACUCAGUGGUUAUUUACGCAACGGGUUAUAAAUAUGAAUAUACAUUUUUGGAUGGAAACGCUGGUAUUCAGACCAGUGAUCAUUUUGUUUCGCCACUCUACAAACAGAUCCUAAACAUUCAUCAUCCCACUACUAUGGCGUUUAUCGGGGUUCCAAGGUGUACAACACACAAUCCGAUGUAUGAUUUACAGGCCCGUUUUGCAUUAAAAUUCAUCUCUGGAGAAAAACAGCCACCAUCUCGUGACGAAAUGCUGGAAGAUUCAAAUUGGCUUUCAACCCAAUACAAACCUCAUAAUUUGGGAUCAAAUCAACAUGACUACUUUGAAGAGUUAGCCAAUAUUGCAGGAAUUUAUAACAACAUUCCGGAAACUGACUUUCUCCUUUUAAUUUCCAGUUGGUUUUCCACCAAAAAUCAUGACAGACAUGAUGUCAUAUGGAAUUACUUAGAUUCCUAUGCUAAACAUUUUGGGAUAAAAAAACUCAUAAAGUAUCAUCAUUUGGUUGAGAAUAUUCGUUCGAUUCAAGGCGAGAAGUGGGAAAUAACUGUUAGGAAUACAACCCUACGAAAUAACCACUGCAAAACAGACACAUUUGACGCUGUUUUUGUUUGCACUGGUGCUAAUGCAUUACCUUGCAUUCCAGCUCUUCAAGGUGCUGAAAAUUUCAAAGGAAAAGUCAUGCACAGUCGCGAUUACCGUAGACCAGAUGGAUUUUAUGGCAAUACUGUUUUAAUUGUUGGUGGCGGCCCUAGUGGUAACGACAUUUUCAACCAACUUUCCAUGUAUGCAUACAGAGUAACAUUUAGCUAUCAUAAGCCAACGAUAAAAAAACCUCAAAUGCUAAUUGCAGAAGAACCAGUAUCUGAAUUUGAUAAUGAUAAUCCAUAUAAAGGCGAUGUAAAAUGUUUCCUUCCAAAUGGAUUUGAUGUACAAUUUGAAGAUGGAACUAAUCAAAGUUUCUCAACAGUUAUCUAUGCAACGGGCUAUAAAUAUUCGUACUCAUUUUUGGAUGCAAAUGUGGGCAUUGAAGUCAAGGAUAAUUACGUUGGACCCUUGUAUAAGCAAAUUCUAAACAUUCGCCAUCCCACAAUGGCAUUCGUUGGGGUUCCUUUCAUUGCGGCUCAUAAUCCUAUGUAUGAUUUGCAGGCACGUUUUGCGUUGAAGUUUAUCUCUCGAGGGAAGAAGCUGCCAUCAUAUGAGAAGAUGUUGGAAGAUAUGCGAAUGCAAGCUGAAAUUCGUGUAAAAGAUGGUCGUCCCAAAGAUAAGCCUCAUUAUUUGGGACCAAGUCAUAAAAAAUACUAUGCAGACUUAGCAAAAACUGCUGGCAUCAAGAAUGUGCCAGAUGUAAUAUCAAAUAUAUUCGCCGACGCAAUAGUAAAUUCCAAACUUACACGUGAAUUUCGUAACAAUAAUUACAUUAUAAGUGAUGAUAUGAAAACAUUUAAACGAGUUCCAUACUGAAGCAAUGAAUAUUUAAAAUAAGAAAAAGAAAAGAAGUCUGAAAAUUGUUGUAGUUAUUGACAGUUGCUAAUACGUGUUGCCCAAAAACGAACUAUGAGUUAACUGCAAUUGUCAAACUCUUUGAAAUGUAUUUAUUUACGUAAUUAAAACUGUUUAGUAAUAAUAUGAAUUGGAAGGUAUUAAAAUUAAUCAUGGUAUUAAACAGUUCA